UAGAGUCUGUGUGGGUCAGAGAGACUGGCACAGCACCACAUGAUUAAUCUCCUCCCUAAUGGAGCAUAUUUGCAUUACAAAGAGGAAAAGGCAAUUUUGAUUUUCUGUCGUGAUUUGUGUUUUCAACAGAGGAAAAAAAGGAAAAACUUUACAGACCAUGAACUAUGUGGGUCAGUUGGCGGGACAGGUUUUUGUGCAGGUCAAGGAGCUUUACAGGGGCCUCAACCCUGCAACGCUGUCUGGAUGCAUAGAUGUCAUCGUGGUCCGGCAGCCCGAUGGCUCCCUGAAGUGCUCCCCCUUCCACGUCCGCUUCGGCAAGAUGGGCGUACUGCGGUCCCGUGAGAAAGUGGUGGACAUAGAGAUCAAUGGAGAGCCAGUGAGCUUGCACAUGAAACUGGGAGAGAAUGGGGAGGCCUUCUUUGUCAAAGAGACGGAGAACACACUGGAAGUGGUUCCAUCCUACCUGGCGACAUCACCCAUCAUGUCCAUGGGGAAGGAGUUAAUGGAGUCCCAGCUGGGCAGGGGCAGUUCUCGUCAUCAUGACACCAUCCCCUGUGCCUCACUUCCUGUUGGGCUGCAGCAAAGUGAUGUAGGGGUAACCAAGAAGAGGAGGAAAAGGAGAAGGAAGGCACGGCCAGAGGGAGGAGGAGGAGGAGGGAGGAGAGAGGAAAGCGGGGAGGAGUUUUCAGAGGAUGAGGACAUGUUUACCAUCGACUUGAGUUCGGAUGAGGAGAAAGAGGGGGACGUUGGCAGUAUCAGACCUGCGUACAGUGAUCAGGGGUCUACAGCCAACACACACCCCAGCACUGAUUGGACCCGUUCACAGAGUAAUGUGAUUAAGGAGACUCUCUCCAUCCUCCCGUCCUGUGGUCUGUCCAUCUCUUGUCCUCAGCAGACCUCUCACUUCUCUUCCCAUGUUAGCAGCCCUGAUGAUUCACGGUCAUCGACACCGAAGAGUGACUCUGAGCUAGCCAAUCAGAGUAAAAACAACCCUGAGAUGCUGUGGACAUGGGGGGAGCUUCCACAGGCUGCCCAGCCAUCUUUCCUGACCUCCCACCAGAAGCAGGACCCUGCCACAGCAGUCUCCAUCCCAGUGUCAUCCAGCACUCACUUCAGAGCCAUCAAUGACGCUGGACCCCCCUCCCUCACUCUCUACAUAUCCCAGCCAGAAGAGACUGCUGCUCACAGCGAGGGCAAGGAUGCUGAAGAGAGCCAGAAUGGAGCCAGGGUUGAACUAACUACUAAGACUACGGACAGGGCUGGAGGAGAGCAAUUCAGAGAGGUAGAAAGUGUUGGGGCGUCAUGUGCAGAGAUGGAGGGUUUAACAGCCUGCUCAGUGACACCCAGGAUUAUCACUGAUCAUUUGGAUGAAGGUGGGAGUAGAGGAAGUCCCAUCAGAAGAACUGAUUCACCAUCUAAGAAGAAAGAAAAGAGAAGCCAACACCUGGGUGCUGAUGGUAUAUACCUGGAUGAUAUUACAGAGCUGGAGCCUGAAGUAGCUGCUCUCUACUUCCCUAAAAGUGAUGGAGGCAGUAGCUCAAUGAAGGGGGACUCAGAGAUGAUGAUGAUGGGUGUGCGGAGCGCCAAUCAGUCCCCACAGUCAGUGAGCAGCAGUGGGAUGGACAGUGGUGUGGACAGUUUGUCUGACCAAAUGGGGGACCUGCCUCAUGUUGCCAUCUCUUUGUGCGGAGGACUCACUGACAACACGGAGAUCACAAGAGAGCAGUUCCAGGAGAGGGCAGUUUCCUUCCAGCAGUUCUCUGAAAACCCUUCUCUCAUUGAUGAUCCAAACCUGGUGGUCAAGAUAGGAAACAAGUACUACAACUGGAGCACAGCAGCUCCUGUCAUGUUGGCCAUGCAGGUGUACCAGAAACCUUUGCCGCAGGCCUCAGUGGAGAACAUCAUGAAGGAGAAGAUGCCAAAAAAAGGAGGGCGCUGGUGGUUCUCAUGGAGAAGCAGGAACAGCGACUCCAAAUCAGAAUCAGUGACAGAGGCAGAAGACCAGGGUGAGACCUCACUUACCAUGGACCCAGUGAGCAGGAUGAAGGAUGAGUCAUCUUCUAGUGAUGAGGACCACAGAUCACCCAAUCAGGUGUCUGGAUCCUGCCAGUCAGAGGCGUUCAUGAGUUCUGCCAGCGUUUAUUAUAAGAAGACUCUUCGCCUCACAUCAGAGCAACUGGCUAGCCUGCAACUGAAGGAGGGUCCUAACGAUGUGGUGUUCAGCGUAACAACACAGUAUCAAGGUACCUGUCGCUGCCAUGGCACAAUCUACCUUUGGAGCUGGGAUGACAAGAUAGUUAUCUCAGAUAUAGAUGGAACCAUCACCAGGUCAGACACCCUGGGUCACAUCCUCCCUACACUGGGGAAAGACUGGACCCACCAGGGUAUUGCACGACUCUACCACAAAGUCAACCAGAAUGGAUAUAAAUUCAUGUACUGCUCUGCAAGGGCCAUUGGCAUGGCUGAUAUGACACGAGGCUACCUGCACUGGGUCAACGAGAGAGGAACCAUGCUGCCAGUGGGUCCGGUGCUGCUCAGCCCCAGCAGUCUUUUUUCUGCCUUGCACAGGGAGGUGAUAGAGAAGAAACCAGAGAGGUUUAAGAUUGAGUGUCUUUCAGACAUCAAACACCUUUUCUAUCCAAACACUGAGCCUUUCUACGCUGCUUUUGGCAACAGAGCUACGGAUGUGUAUUCCUACAAGGAGGUGGGUGUUCCUCUGAACAGGAUUUUCACUGUCAAUCCAAAGGGGGAGCUGGUACAGGAACAUGCCAAAACCAACAUUUCCUCCUUUGGGCGUCUGUGUGAGGUAGUAGACCAUGUCUUCCCAGUCCUACUCCGAGAUGAUGGAGCAGACUUCCCCCGUACUGACACCUUUAACCAGUGCAACUACUGGAGCAAACAACUUCCUGAUGGCACCAGCCAGGAAGAAGAAGACCUACAGCACCUUGAGACAAGCUGAGAAAACCCCACUAAAUCCAGCUGGUCUCCACACCGCGGUCAGACACCACAUUGUGGUCAGUGGUUUUGUGAUUCAUUGUGAUCCCUGCAGCCCAGAUUAGGAGUGAAGAUGUUGCAUUUUAUCAACUGAGCUCAUCCAGGAAAUCUGUGGGGAAACAGCUAAAACACUAGACAUGAUACAUGCUCCGCAUGUCCUUUAAAGCUCAGAGACUUAAGAUAAAUAUCUAUGACUACUGAUCCAAAGUGGAUGAAUGUAUUUUCAGUUAUCCCACACACCCAAAUCACUGUGCCAUUAUUGAACAGCAAGAACACACUAUAAUUCUCCAAGGUAGGAAACCAUAUUUAUUCUACUGGGGUGUUUAAGAGGAUAAAAAACAAACUUGGUGAGUGAGAUUGUACUGCCUAAAGAGGGGCCAACACAGAAUCAAAGACUUGUAAAUCACACAUUUACAAGUGUACUCACUCACACACACACAAGUAAAAUUUGCAAUGUUAUUUUUCUUAUACAAUGCAUAGCCCUGCAGAACAUAAUGUGAAUUAAAUGUCCCUCAUUGUAUGUGAUUUAGCUGACGGCAGGUAACUAUUUGCUCCUUCCCACACUACUUUACAUUUAAAUUGGUGGUUGGAAAAGCUGCCACACAGAGAACAUACUGUUUUUUGGGGGGGAUGAAUGUACCAAUAUGGCUUACAUAGGCUGGUAUCAAUGCGACUUAUAUAUCCCUACUAGUAUCACCAGAUAAAUAGUUUCACAUUGAAUUCUGCCCUGAAAUAUGCAGCUAUCUUAAAAUACUAUCCUCAGUUGCCCUGGUCAUUGGGAAAAGUUGACUGAAAUGUAAGGGCCCAUCUAUGUAAAUUAUAUAAGAAACAACUUUUGAUCCUACUGCUCCACACAUGCAGCUCUGCCAGGUUGCCUAAAGAACUGGCCUCUACAAUUGACCAUGAAAAUAUAAAUUACAUAUACAGUUCAGCCUUCAAAGCUAGCUUUUUUACCCUUCAUAUGCAACAUAUUCAUUGCAAGCAGAGAAUCGGAAAUCUUGGUUUAGCCUUUACUAGGUAGUGACAAAGCCUAUAGUAGGUAAGGAGGGUUGUAAUAAUAUUUUCUGACCUCAAGUACACUUUACACCACAUUACAAUACAGUAAAACUGUCCAGAAAAUGCAAAAACAACACUGAUAGUGAAUCCAGGCAUCUUCUGUGUCAAACUACUUUGCAGGUCCUAAAGCUAAAUGUGUGUGGUCAUUUGACUGUGCUACUGUGAAAGAUGUGGCUCUGGCACAUCUUCUAAUUAGUGUUCAGUGACCAUAAUCAAGAAAAAUGCAGCACAAUGCAAUUAACUUCUUUCCUCUGUCUGUUUUUAUAUGUGCAAAUACAUUAAUUCCAAUGAUAUGCUAGAAUGUAGUGUAAAUUACUCACAGUGUAUGUUACUCUAAUGCUCAUCAAUGCAAUUUUAAGUUUGAACAGGGCUAUGAUCAUAUAUUUUCAAUUGUGUAAUGUUGUUACUGCAAAUACUUUUCUAUACAGCACUACUCUAUGAUAUGUUAAGAUGCUGUAAGGUUUUCUCUUCACAAACACAUCUACUUUUUUGUUCUUUGUAUGUAUUAUUUUCAUUGGUUAUCAAAUGUACAUCUUUCAUUGAUCAAAUAACUUCUACUGCACUGCAUUUAUGGGCAAUGGAAGCCUGUCUGUUUAUUUGUAUCUCAUGUAUAACAUUUAAAAACGGGGAAGACCACUGUAAAUACUGAAUAUCGUCAUUAUUUUUUGUGAUCAUUAUGAAAUGAACCUUUUAAAAGAAAACUCAUCUGUAAAUGUUUUGAGAGCUAACUCAUUGUCUAAAAUACUUCUUUUGUGGUGCUCAUUCAAAUGCACUUGCAAAAAAAAGGUGGCAGUUUCACAUGUGACCACUAAAGCAAUAGAUGGACAUAUAGUAUUUUAUUUAUGCAAUGUCAUCUAUCAAUCUGAAGUACUUUUGUUUCUUUUGGUGUCUUUGGUUUAUCAUAGGCAACAAGACAGCUAGUAGCAGUACUGUAAUGAGUUCAAAUUACAGUAAUUUUGAAAAUAGUGGUACCUUUGUUUCAGAAUAAACUAGAGCAUCGUCAAGCUACAAAAAACCAUCCACUGUUCAUGUUAAACCAAAUCAGUAUAGCUGAAAGCAGCUUAGACAUUUCAUUGUAUUUUGGUUAGAACUGAAUAAUGAUAUUUGUACGCUGAUAUUAAUGUGUCCUAUAUUUGGGAAAAAAGUGAAAUCAAUAUCUCAGAAUAUUGUUAACAAGCCCUCUGACUGAUUGUGACUGAGUUUUUCAUACUGUCAUAUACUGUAUGUAUAUAGGAUAGCACUGUCUGAUGCUGUACUGUGAUUGACUUCGCCUAAAGGAGAACUAAUCAGGAAUUAACAUCUUAUUUAAUCUGUAACUGUUGAUGUUCAUAUGCGUUUCGGGGAUUCAGUGUAAUUUGUUGGAGAGGAAAAGAGUGGGAAGCAUGCUGUUGCUGUUGUAAUGUUAAAAUGCAUAUUUACAGUCUGUUGAUGUAAUGAUCACUGUCUUGUCACCUCAUAUUUGUAGGAAAGUACAUUGCUAUAGAAAAAAGAAGAUUUAUGGCUCCUGUAUCUCAUAAUUGUGAGAAAAAGGUCCCAUGAUAAUGGGAUAAAACUGUUAUAAUGACAGUUUGAGGCUUUGACAUCAGAUGUCACUUAUUGGUGGUCAUUAUGGUUUAAAUAUUUACUAAUUAUAAGAUCUUAUUUAUGAUAUAUGGAAGUCAAACACGAGAUAAUACAGCAAUGCACUUCUCAAAUGUUUUGAUUAAAUCAUCUUUUUGAUGAUUAUCACUUAAUUCUUUCUGUGAAAGAUGUAUUAAAAGUCUUGACUAGUUAUUCAGUCUGUCUGUUUGUUGACGUGGAUGUUGAUCCAAGUUUGCAGUCCACAUGUAAAAUGUUUUGAGCACUAAGCAGCAGCCUAACCAACAGUGUGCAGUGCAAGCCAUUAUUAACAAUGUAGUUUGAAUUAAGCUGUACAAUGAACACAUUUGUCAAUAAACCCAAAUGUAAUU